UCGAAAUAGCUUCUCUUUCCUAAAUAUCAUAAAUAGCUCUUAGCAGAAGAGACAGCAUGCACCAUACUUCGUCAAAAAUGACAUACGUCCAUCAUACAUUGGGACAUGAAAAAAAUUUCGAAUGGGCAGUAAAGUUGAAUCGAUGUACUCUGUCAUUGAUCGGACUUUGGCCUCAAACCAAGCAAACUACAUGGGAAAAAUGUAUGUGCAAUUUACGUGUCCUUAUCGUCUUCAUGUCUUUGUGGAUUGGUAUUUUAAUUCCUGCCCUACAUUCUUUGAUAAGAAUUCGUGGAGAUGCUAUGCUAAUGAUAGACAAUUUACAAUUUACUUUACCAGUCUUCACCGCCAUGCUAAGAGUUGUAAUUUUUUGGUGGAAGAAAGAAGCUAUGUCACCUAUAAUGGAUAUGAUCGCGAAUGAUUGGAAAAAGUCGAAAACUUCUUGGGAAGAAAUCAUAAUGAUUACAAGAGCGCAAACUGCACGUACAAUCACCAUGUUUAUGUACAGCAUGAUGGGAAUAUGUUUUAGUAUUGCGAUACUUAUGCCUGCCUGCGGUUUUUCAAUGCGAUAUUUAACGAAUAUUACUGAUCCAGGCAAACCAUUGCCAUUACAGACCUAUUAUAUGUAUGAUAUAACUAAAAGUCCGCAAUACGAAUUAACGUUCCUGUCUCAAGCUGUCUCCAUGAUCUUAGGCGUUUUACCUUAUACGGGUGUAGAUAAUUUUCUUAGUUUGUUAGUAUUUCAUAUUUGUGGCCAACUGGACAUCCUGAAAAAGCGCAUCAUGCAUCUAGAUAAAUUCACGAAUUACGCUAAAGCUUUAAAGAGCUGCGUGAUGGACCACACAAGAAUAAUCAGAGCUGUCGCUGUUAUAGAAGAUACAUUUAAUUUAAUGCUGCUUGCAUUAUUUCUGUAUUUUGGUACUCUCUUCGCUUUUUACGGAUUUUUAAUUCUGAGUCUUUUAAAAGAUGGAAAUUACUUAUCGAUUUCUCGCCUGGCAUAUCUCGUAACAAUGGUUAUCAAUACGUUCGGUCAUAUGUGCGCUUAUUGUGCUGUAGGCGAGGUUUUAGUAUCGCAGUAUAAUCAAAUCCACUAUGCUGCAUAUUCUAAUGAAUGGUACACUCUAGAUCCAAAAGAUGCGCGGAAUAUAGUCAUUCUAAUGAUUAAAACCCAUGAUCCUUUCUAUCUUACUGCUGGUAAAGUGUUUCCCAUGACAAUGGAUACAUUUUGCAAAUUAAUAAAAACGUCUGCCGGUUACAUAUCCGUCUUGCUUACAACAAAAUAUUAAUUUGCAAGUA